GGGUUGAUAACUUGUUUAUUUUACUAGAAAAGAUUUUUGUUAUAUUAUUUUAUUAUUCAAAUAUUUAUCGCUUAAUGUCAUAAAGAGUUAAUUUUAUAGUAAUGAGUGUUAAAAUGUAAAACCCAGACGGGUAAAUUUUUUAUAUUUUUUGUUCGUCAAGAUACACUCGGUUACACAUGACAAAUGUUGAUGGCUGAUCUCUUUUUAUGCUUGAAAUAUUCGUAAUUUCGUUCAUGUAUAUCGUUUUACAAAUGGAGGACUAUUAGAAAUAUAUAGAACGUCCAGCAUGGGUUUUUCGGGUGUCAGAAUUAUAACCGGGUUUCUACUGCUGAAAUGCCUCUCAGUCAACGCACAGUCAACAAUAAAAGACAUAGAUUUAAAAGGAUGGUUCACGUGCAGUGAACAUCCUUCCAAUCAGCUUUGGCUAGAGUUGAGAGCAUAUGACGCCUAUGCGAAUGCCACCAGACUGAAUGCAAUAGAUGCAGAAGAAGAAGAAAUUACUUCAUGUACGGUGACCGGUUCUGGGAGGUUCAGUUCACCAUUUGUUGUUUCUUCGAAAAUCGACAUGACAGAUAAUUCUGAAAUAUCAAACGUCUGUGGAAUGACAAUGACGAUGGUGAAUGGACAUAAGAUAUAUAGCUGGCGGGUAAAGGCCUACACGUAUCCAAUACAAUACUACCCAAACAAUGUAGGAUUUGUCCUCAGUCUGCAAUGUAAUACUUCGGACCUCGUGGACGGACGCGUGGAGACGGUUAUUGAUAUUGACGUCUCCAAACUGGUUGUUUCUCCCUUGGACCCUACUAGUGUUACGGGGGUAGAUUCUAUAGCAACAAAUGCUAACAUUAUAUUCUCGGCAUAUGUGUAUCCAAAUGGAAGAUUAACUCCAGCCGAACUACAAGAUGCGAAGGGUAUCUAUGCAUACAACUGUUAUUCAGCGACAAGCCCCAACAUGGUGGCAGACAGGCAGCUGUUCAUAGAUGAGGAUGGAUGUUCAAUCUCUGGUGCAACGUACGCGACGUCAACGUCGUUUCAACAAGUUACUAAUACCGGGGAUUAUAUCAAGAUAGAGGCGAAAUACGCAAAGGCGGUUCUUGUCAAUAACAAAAAGAAGAUAUAUGUAACUUGCUCUUUGGGCAAAUGUACUGCUUUGGACGAAGUCUGUUGUUUAGAUCCGUGUUUUGCCAAUACUAAUAAUGCUGAGUGUAACACGAGAACAAACACGGGCGUCACAUAUUCAACAAGUUUUACCGUGCAAGACCGAAACGCACAUCAGUUGACACCAGCUACUGCCAGCGACACUACAGAAAUAACAUCCAUAAAUGCGGGACAAGUCUUCAGAAUGAUUGCAUUUAACGCACCAGGAGGGAUCGGGGGAAACCAAGAUCUGCUAAAUGCAAAGGGAUUCUAUAUGCACACCUGCAGAUACGCAACGAAUGCACAGAUGAGAGAUUCAACAACUUUCGUUGAUGCAAAUGGAUGCCGGGUAGAAAACACAAAACUUACAUUACAAUCCGAUUUCUUCACCGACACUACGCUGUCAUCACCGGACACCUUAUUUGUCACAACAUCCGGAUUGAUAACUGUAGAAAAUGUUGGAAAUAUUCGGUUCUGGGUCCGCUGUAACACUGGAAAAUGCCUUAAUUAUUGUUCAACGAGAUGUGGAGCGACUGACAUCAGUGACUUAGUUGACCUUGGAUACCGUGGACAUGAAUUUACUAUAUCCUUCUUAGAUGUGUUGAAUGUACCAGCUUUAACAAUAAACAUUCAAGGACCAAAUGGACAAGCGCUUACCGGCAACAGUGAUCCGGUUAACGUUGGAGACGGCGUCAACUUUGGUGCGGAGGUCACGCCUGGUGGAACAGGGACUGCUAGUGCUGCCUUUGUGAAUGCUAAAGGUUUCUUUGUCCAUAGUUGCUACGCAGUGAAGAACAAUGAGCGACAGAUGUUUAUUGAUGAAAAUGGUUGUCCAGUUCCUGGCUCACCAUACCGAACUUCUAAGAACUGUGUCGAUGCGACUUUGGUUCCCGGCGUGCCUCCGUUCAAAGUGGACUGUGGAAGUUUUAUCGUACCGGAAGAUGGCAGUGUUACCCUACCUUGUAACAUUAGUAUCUGUACUACCGAAAACAAUAUAUUCUGUGAAGAUCGAUGUGCUGCAGGCGCGGUCCAGCCAGAUUCAAACGUUGUGGACCUUGGUGUAACAACCACUGCGGCUUUCAAUUCCCAAAUACGAGACGACCGCAGAACUGCAGUCAGAUCGGAGGAGCUGCGGAAUAUUAUUACAGCAGUAUGUGUUGUGGCUGCAGUGCUCAUACUUCUUGCUGUAACUGUCGGGACUUGUAUUGUCGUGAACAGACAAAAAUCUCUCGCAAAACGUAAACUCGAUGGCAGAGAUUAUAACUAUUAAUAUUGUUCUAAUAACCGUAGUGUACAUAUUGCUAUUAACCCCAUUUUUCACAACAUUUUUUACAAAAGACAACAUAUUUUUCACCAAACUUAUAACAAAUGAGGUUUCGUUCAGUACCAGCCAUGUCUUCAUUGAAAGUAGAACAAUAUUCCAUUUUCAGUUUCUUCUCCAUUUCCAUUAAACGCUUUUUUUUUUGCAGAAUUUUGAUCAAUCAAUUUCUCGUGUAAUAGAUGCUGAUUUUGUUAUUUUAAAUACGACUGCAGAACAUUAAGUUCGGCUUAACAAACACUAUAUUGCUAUACUAUUUUGCUAUUAUGUUACAAAAUGAUUUAAAAUAAAUAAUAUUCAACUAA